AUGGCUUUUUUGGAUUUAUUAAUACUUUCAGUACAGUCGAGUUCUUUGAUGCUUCUUGUGGCUGUGGCAGGAUAUUAUUGUGCGAAAUAUGGAAUUUUAGAUGCGAGUGCUCAAAGAGGACUUUCACAACUUACAAUACAAUUAUUAAUGCCAUGUCUGUUAUUCGCCCAAGUAGCAGAAAGCAUUGACGCCGAUACUCUACUUCAACUAUGGCCACUUCCAGCAUUCCUCAUAAUAAUCUCGUUAAUAAGUGGUUUAUUAGGAUUGAUUGGCGGAAAAAUAUUUAAUUUCUCAGGUUCACAAACUAGAUUCCUCGCUACCGGAAUAAUCUUUAACAAUGUGACGUCGUUUCCUAUUGGAUUGAUACAGAGUUUGGUGGCGACUGAAGCGAUUAGUUUUUUGUUGUGGGGAGAUCUUGAUACGCCAAAAAAAGCGGCUGCUCGUGGGAUUUCUUAUGCACUAUUAAACACUUUGUUUGCGAAUAUUUUGAGAUUUAGUUUUGGUACUUGGUUACUCAAAAAAGAAGUGAGUAUAGACAAUAAUCGUAUUACCGACGUCGAACAAGCAAACACUGAAAAUACUCCAUUAUUAUCUUCAUCGCAUCAAACGUUCCGUGCACCGUUUUCAAAUUUGAUCUAUAAAAUUAAAGAAUUCAUGAAUCCACCUCUCUAUACCUCACUGAUAGCAAUAAUAGUAGGAACGAUUCCUACCAUAAAAUCCCUAUUCUUUAAAGAUACCACAAUCUUUUACAUAGUAAUAACACGACCAGCACAAUACCUAGGUGACAUAACAAUUCCACUUACGAUCCUCCUUCUCGGCGCACAACUAAAUAACCUAUCAUCAUCAAGUAAAAGCCGCGAACUACUCGGAAUAAUCUCGUACAUUAUGACUUGUCGAUUUAUAAUUAUGCCAAUUAUCGGAAUCUUAUUGGUGGUGAUGACUAGAGGAUGGUAUUUCAAAGAUCCGAUGUUGUGGUUUGUGAUGAUGAUGACUGCGAGUGGACCAAGUGCUAUUAUUAUUAUUAAUAUGGCACAGCUUACUGGUUCUUUCCAAGAGGAGGUUGCCGCUUUGUUAGCUUAUUCGUAUUUGGCUUUAACGCCUAUGGCUACCGUUUUUAUGAUGAUUAUGUUGGAAGUUAUUGAAAGAUUAACUCACUCAUAA